AUGAAUUGUAAAUUUACGAAAUCAUAUUUUGAUGAUUCCAAACCUGCUGAUUCAUUUUGGAUCAAAUAGCCUCUAGUGAUUGAGGAAUCUAAAAUAGAUUAUUAAUGUCUAUUGUUCAAGAAAAGUUAUAAAACAGGGUUUUGGGUGAGUAGAAAUUACUUAAUAUAUGAUUCUAAGCUCAUCAAGGUUAAAGUAAUUCUCAUCUUUCUAUUUUAGCCAAACGCAAGACAAUGUCAUAUGGUAAAUCUGAACUUGUCUAGAAUUCAAAAGUUAAAGUACGAAAAUAAACAAGAGAAGGAGAGUUUUAAUAAGGUUAAAGUGCCUAUUCAAUAUUUUAGAAGAAAUAUGGGUUUCGUAUUAUCCGAAAUAAUCAAUACAGGGAGCUCUAUAGUAGAUCAAAAGAACUGAAUUAAUAACUAUGGGAUCAUCUAAGAAAGUGUGCUAUUCUUACUCAAUUUAAAGAGGAUUAUUCAUUAGAGAAGAUGGUUGGAAAGGGGAACUUUGCAAAAGUGUAUUAGACUAUAAACAAGGAAACAAAAAAAUUAUAUGCCGUAAAAGUAUUUGAAAAAUCCAAAAUAAAAAAUUCUGAAACUGACCGAUAAGCCUUGGUAAAAGAAAUGACUAUAUUGAGACAAUUAAACCAUAAGGGUCUCAUUAAAUUAUAUGAGGUUUAUGAAGAUGAUUCUAAUGUCUUCUUUAUUUUAGAAUAUUUAGAAGGAGGAGAAUUACAUAAUCAUAUUUAAAAAAAUUAAAAAUUCCCUGAAAAAGUAGUUGCUAAAAUUCUAGCUACUAUUUUAGAUUCAUUAGAUUACUUAUAAAAGUAAAAUGUGUUGCAUAGAGAUUUGAAACCUGAUAAUUUAAUAUUAAGAAACAAAGGUAUCUUAGAUGAUGUUGUUAUUACUGAUUUUGGAUUGGCUGACUUUUAUUCUUCAACUGGUAAUUAUAUGUUCUCUAGAUGUGGAACUCCAGGAUUUGUGGCUCCAGAAGUAUUAUAAGAUAAACUAUAUGAUUACAGAAUUGAUGUAUUUAGUGUAGGUUGUUUAAUGUACUUACUUUUAACACAUAAAUAAGCAUUUAGAGGAUCUAAUUAUGAUGAAAUAGUAAUGAAAAACUAUCAUUGUAAAAUAGAUUUUUAAUCAAUUGAUAAUGAAAUAUCAGCUGAUGCUAUGUCAUUAUUAAAAUAGCUUCUUCAUUCAAAAUAAUAAUGUAGACCUACAGCAAGAUUAGCACUUAAACAUAAAUGGUUUUAAAACAACUUAGAUGAGAUUCGAUUCAAAUAAUUAAAUAGUGAUCUCUCUGAUACUAAAGACUCAACAAUUAAAUCAAGUUUAAGUGAUAUUCCUUUUUUAUAUCUGAAUAAGAAUAAGAAUUCUAAAUUAAAUUUCUCGACUCCUCAAUAACAUUAAAUUAUUCAGAAAGGUAAAGAAUCAUAAUUGUUUACUCCAUAAGUAAUGCUACAAAUUGAUGAAUCUUUAGAUGAUAACAUCAAUUCCCUUAAAAUAUUGGAUGAUACUAUUACUGAUAUUCAGGUUGAUGAGGAAUCUCCAUAAUCACAUCUUCUACCUUAAUAUCAAUUGAUAAGUAAGAUGAAAUUAGUUGUAGAUUCAAAAGCCUCUUCACUCUAUGGAUCUCCAAUGAUAUUAGUAAUUAUAUAAUAAAAAUAUUAGAAUACUCCAGAUGUGGCUGCAAGGAAAUUAACAUAAGGUAAUUAAAAAGAAGAGAUUGCUCAGAUUCAACCUCAAAAAAUAGCAAAUAAAGUAAUGAAUAAUUUAAGAAGUCUUGAAUCUUAAUGA